CGCUCUCUCUCUUUCUCCCCCCAACUCUUCAAUCCGUUUAUUGGCUCCAACAACUUCAUUAAAUCUAAUUUUUGGAGGCUCUGACAAUGAAUCGGUAUCGCAUACCGUGUAGACAGUCGAGAAAAGGCAGCUCAAAUGUGGAAAGAGAAGUCUGCAGGCAGUUCAUCAAUGGAUCUUGUCGCUAUGGUCCGAGCUGUUACUAUCUGCACGAGUUUCCUGCAGGUCCUUCGUUUCAGGUUCAGUGUAGGUACUUCCAGAAAGGUGGCUGCUGGUUUGGUGACCAUUGCAGGUAUCUUCAUGUUCCUCGAGCUGGUGAAGGUUCUUCAGGGAGCAGCAGACGUGGUUCAGCACCUGCAGGGCUCCCCUCUGCGCUGGCGGGCCGUUCUCUGGCUGACCGCAGAGGUUCUGAGCCCUCUCUUCUCCCACCUCGAGGAGCCCACAGUCUGAAUCGGAGGGGUUCAGAGCCUCUGGUCACAAGUAUGAGUGUACUGCAGCAGAACUUUGAAUGCUUGACUACAGGCAUUGCAGAGGAGGAAGAGUUUGUGGUUAUGGAAGAUGCACCUCCCCAGCAAGGUGCAAUUAGACCACUACAACAAAUCGGUGCUACAGACUCCAGUUCUUCACAUAACUACAGCUCAUCAGCCUUUGUGCCGGGCGCAGCACCUGCUGUAGUCCAAAAGAUAACCGUAUCUGAAGCUGAAACGCAGGUGAAUGGUUCACCAGAGAGACUAAAUCAGGGUGACGCUGCAGUAUCGACAGAGCAACAGCAUUCAAGGGCAUUUGACCAAAGCAAAGAUGUGGCCUGUGGCAUCUGCAUGGACAAGAUUUCGGAGAAAUCCACCACUCUGGAUCGGCGUUAUGGCAUCCUACCCAACUGCAAUCAUGCUUUCUGCAUCAGCUGCAUUGUUACCUGGCGAAAAACAAAGGACUUCCAGGAGGAUGUCAUCAAGGGCUGUCCACAGUGCCGAGUGAAAUCCUCCUUCUACAUUCCCAGCAAGCACUGGGUCUGUGAUGGGGAGGAAAAGGCAUCACUGAUAGCCGCUUUCAAAGAAAGAAGCAGUAAGCUAAAGUGCACUUUCUUCAUGCGUCACGGAUGCUGCCCCUUUAAAUCAGAGUGUAUCUACAGCCAUGACAUGCCCUCUAAUCAUACACACCGUCGCAGGCGCUCAGCAUCCAGGGACACAGCUGAGAUGUUGGAGGAUUUGGGCAUUGAUGGCAUCCAACUUUGGAGCUACAUCUUUGCCCUAACUUUGCUGGAUGAAGACGACGAAGACCUUCUGGAAUUCCUUGAUGAUUAAGGACGUUUUAGAGUCAUAUGUGUUGACUCAGCUUUGAGUGAGCUGCUUAACUUCUGCACUGAAAUCUAAUGGUCUCUCUCUGGGGUUGGCUUUAGGUAGUCCUAAAUGUUUGGCUAAUUGUUUAGCUGUGUAGAUUUGUCUGUGUGGGUCUUUUGCCUUUAGUUUAAGGGAGUUGGUGGGGGAAGCAGUUUGAAUGCUCAAAUCUCUGUGUCUGUGUCUCUUCAGGUUUAGUUGAGGAGAAACUAGGGCAAAAGAAGUUCAUGUUAACUGAAUGCAUGAUCACUUAUUUCAGCUUGCUUUUCACUUGUUGAUCAUUUUAGUACUUUCAUCUGUGCUGAUUCCUGAUUGUUGUACCCUUCUGUCUGAUACCUUUAUGAAAUCAGAUUUUAAUUAUACUUUGUGUAGUAGUUUAUAUUAUUGCCAGUAUUUGCAAAACACUAAAUGUGCAACCUGUCAGCAGGCUUUCGGUCAUAUAUGGUUCUCUUCAGCAGUGUUAACAGGUUAUACCAGGACUUGAGGUCACAUUUUAUAACUUUUAGUACGUUUAUAUUCAAAGAAAAGUGAAAAUAAAAAAUGUUCCACAGUUUGCCUUA